AAGGAAACAAACAAUCAAAAAUGUUAAAAGAUAAAAUGAAUGAAAAAAAAAAAAAAUUAUUUAAUAAGAAAACCAAAAAUAUUAACACAAGAUGGCAUUCAAAAUACAACAAACUUGCUCAUAAUAACGGGCACAGAGAAAAUGAGAUGAAAUGGAUAGAAGAAAGAGGCUAAGUACUUAAAAUAAAAUCAUAGUAAAAAAAUAACUGCACUGGCUCAAAAGAAUAAUAACCUUCUAAACACAAAACAGUUUUUUAAUAAACUGACGUGAGCUGAUUGGGAAGACUUGAAAAAAGUAAACAGAAUUAAUAGUAACCAUAGCAACUUUCGAACGCGUUCAGCCAAUCAGAGCGCAGUCCUGUCGGCGUAGGUUCUCCAUAGUGACGCGCUACGCCAUCUUGCAUUCAGCAAGCGUCGAGCUCAGUAUAGAGACGCAGUUUGCGCUUCGUCGCUACACCAAGUGAAAUUUCGGAGAGAUGAACAGUCAGAGCUCCCGCAACGAAACGGCAACCGCCGCCGUUAACGGCUCGGAUUCAACGGCGGCGGCUUCCCGAGACCGCAAAACCGGAGGCGGCGUUCUGAAAAGGCUGAAAUCGCGACGAAAUCAAGCGGACCGACGGCCUGUAACGGAGGAAGAACUGCGGGCGCUGGGGAGAGACAUCACUCCGGAUGAAGUUUUGGGACUCCGCGCAGUCACUCGUGAUUAUCUUUGUAAACCAGAGGACAACAUCUUCAACAUUGACUUCACACGCUUUAAGAUCAGAGACCUGGAAACGGGGACUGUCCUUUUUGAGAUUGCCAAACCACCACACUGUGACCUCGAUGAGGAGGAUGAGGAAAAUGGAGAGGUUGACACCAGUGCCGGGCGUUUCGUUCGCUACCAGUUCACACCGGCGUUCCUUAAGUUACGCACAGUCGGAGCCACUGUUGAGUUCACAGUUGGCGAUCGACCUGUUACCAAUUUCAGAAUGAUUGAGAGGCAUUAUUUUCAAGACCGCCUCCUGAAGAAUUUUGACUUUGACUUCGGCUUCUGUAUCCCGAACAGUCGGAACACGUGCGAACAUAUUUACGAGUUUCCUCAACUCCCAGAUGACCUCAUACGAUUGAUGAUUGAACACCCGUAUGAGACCAGAUCAGACAGCUUCUACUUUGUGGACAACAAACUCAUCAUGCACAACAAGGCAGACUACGCUUACAACGGGGGUCAGUAGUGCCGCUUCAGCAGGAAACCUGACGAUAGCUUGUUGGAGUGACCGUGUGGUUUCGCUUGAAAAGUGUUUGUGUGGAAUGCAAAUACAGGACUGUCCCUCGCUACCAACAACACACAGUGUUGUCACCAGCAUUAUGAUCCCGCCCAACUGGAAAUAACCAUUCCUUCUAUGAAGUUCCUGCAUUCCACAGACUGCACGCACUACUUGUGAGUUUGGCCAAAAAAGCGGAGCCUUUCUCCUCCGCCACACUCUACUAGCCGGAACUGAAGAAUUCCUGUCCUGUCAUCCUGCUUUAGGGCGACUACAAUAGAGGAGUUUUUGUUUUGUUACUUUUGUUCUCUUACGUCCUGUGCCCACCACCUUGUGUCUUGUUUUGUGAGAUUUUUAAAGCUCCGAAGUCCUAUUACCAAACUGAAUCUUGAAUAUCUGAAUAGGGUCUUUCUAUGCUACAGCUUUAUUCAAAUGUGCUAAAAUGAAGCGAUCCUGCCACAUACAUCUUUGGUUAUUAAACAAAAAGAGGGUUUUUGUACAGAUUUGCAGUUGUUGAAGUUCAUUAAAGGGGCAGAACGACAUUAUUAGGGUUAAUCAUCACUUAGAUUACAACGUGAUCAGGGUUAGUAUGUCCAGUUAAAGAGGAUGUGAUCUGUUUUUUAUAACCAUAACCCCAAGGGGGCAUUUACACGACACCGGUUUCAACAAAAACUGAAAACUUUUAAUGUGUUUUGGCCAUUCAUUUAUUUACAUGACAAUGGUGUUUUGCGGGCCUGAAAAUGCAAACAUUUGAAAACGUGUUUCAACGUUUUUGAAAAUGGUACCAUUAUUGUCUCCAUGUAAACUACAAAAACGCAAAUUUGUGAAAACAGUGACAUGCGCAUGCAUAUUACGUGUUCAGUCUUUAGGCGCGUAGUAUUUCUUUACAAAGUGACAUCGCCAACUACUGGCCUGGCAGCAGAAUACAGCGCUUUUAGUCGUUUUCGCGGAUCUGUGUGAACGGGGAUGGUUUUUACAAUCUUGUCUGUACAUGAAAAAAAGCAAAGGAAAAACUUUUUUAGUUUUUUCGUACAUCGUUGACGUGUAAACAUACCCUAAACAUACCCUAAAACAGUUGACAAGUUGCAGUGUUUUGUUUAACUACACUACCGUUCAAAAAUUUGGGGUCAGUAAGAUUUUUUUUUUUUUUUUUUUUAUUAUAAAAGAAGCCACUUAUACUCAUCAAGGCUGCAUGUAUUUGAUCAAAAAUAAAGUAAUAUUGUGAAAUAUUAUUACAAUUUAAAAUAACUUUCUAUUUGAAUAUAUUUUAAAAUAUUUUAUUCCUUAUAGAAAAGCAGAAUUUUCUGCAUCAUUACUCGUCUUCAGUGUCACAUGAUCCUUCAGAAAUCAUCUAAUAUGCUGAUUUGAUGCUCAAGAAACAUUUCUUAUAAUCCAUGUCGAAAACAGUUGUGCUGCUUAAUAUUUUUAUAGUAAAAAAUAGUAUAGAUCCUUGAUGAAUAGAAAGUUCAAAAGAACACCAUUUAUGUGAAAAACUUCUGUAACAUUAUGAAUGUAUUUACUGUCACUUUUGAGCAAUUGAAUGCAUCCUUGCUGAAUAAAAGUAGUUUUUUUUUUGUUUGUUUUUUUUAAGAAAUUAAUAACCCCAAAAUUUUCAACCUCAAACUGACCACUGAUCACACACAUUUUAUAAUGUACUUUGUUUUAUUUUGUCUAACUGCUUUACGUCAAGUCUUUCUGGCUGAAAACAAAAGUGGACUAGUUGUGUAGUUUCAGUCCUGUAGGAAUCUGGAAUGGAUCUGGUCGUUGGGCAUCUGUCUUUGUCAUGUACGAGGCGAGGGUUUUUGAUGUCAGGAUCAGCUGUGCAUACAGAAACCAUGUUUUUACUCGUGUCACACACAGAAAGGGAUGGGAUUCCCAACAUGGUGUCCUUGUGCACCUUUCAAGCUGUUUAGCCUCUAUCAGAGCUUUGAUGUUUAUCUGCUUUGAUCUAAUUCAGCAUGAUGUUUAAUAGUGGUUGUGAAUUAGGCGAUGUGAUUGGCUGAAAAACUAAAUUAAAAAAGCUUCUGGAUACCCAUCAAGAAAUGCCUAACUUUACAUAUUUAAUCAAUCUUAAUUUGAUUUGAUUAGCUCAUGAUCAAAGCAAAUUAUGUGAAGGUUGCAGAAAUACCCAUUGUUAUUCAUUCACGAAGUCAAUCAUAAAUCCAAUCACAAACAAGUCACUUAUCAGCCGAAAGGUGACUUUCUUACAUUUUUAAGUGUCCUUAAAUGAGAGAAGUUGUAAUAUUGGCUAAAGGACCCAUGUUUGUGAAGUAUUUGUGGUUGCAUGUCUGUCUGAUGCCUUAUACUCGUGCUGUUUACAAUUGGUAGUACCUAUAGGGCUGGGUUAUGUUAAUUUCUCGAUUUUAAUCGAUUUAUAAACCCCCAGUGUAUGCUGUUUUCAGUUGAUGCAAAAACAAAACUUCACUAAACAUUUUUCUUAGCCCGUUUUCCCAUCCAAUAAAUUGAAAUAAGCUUUCUUACUUCUGAUAUGAAACAAAGUCUUUUAAAUUCAAAUAAUGCCGCUUUGGCGCUCUUUAAUGUGGUGUAAUCGUUUAACACCUCAGUUAAAGCGAAAAGGCAGUGAUGUACCUGAUGAUGUGUAUACAAGGGAAUCGAAUUAAAUCGAGAUCGAAAUUUAAUCGAAUCGUGAAGUUUGUGUCAAUACCCAGCCCUAACAGGUACCAUCUAUGUGCUGAAAUGCUGUAACCUACAUGGAGUAAUUUACCACACAGAUUUUGAUCCAUAUAUUACCUUUGUUAAACCGUGCACAAGAUAAAAUCUUUUGGUUUUAUUAAUUCUCUCCCCUUUUCAGUGUCCUCAGAUUAUGUUUUAACCCAUUAGAGUUACAAAGAGAUGAUAAAAUGUCUAUUAUUCUUUAAAAUAUUCAGUUGUCACCAAGAUGUGACCUGCCCAUAUUUGGUGGUUUCUUUAUCAUGGACACUAAUGUGUGGAUUUAGUCAUAGAAGCUGAUUUAGGAAUACUGCUCAUGCUUUACAUUUGUUAUGUAAUAUGUCAACUGGAAUACUUUUUGUCUUUUAUUAGCAAUUUACAGGGUUUCUGCGGGUCUUACGUCUUAAUUCACCCUUUCACAAAUUAAGGCCUUAAAAAAAGUCAAAAAAUCUUAAAUUCAUGAAGCCAUGGCAUUAAAUCUUGCAUGCAUUAUGAAAAAUGAACAUCUUCCUUAUUAUUCUUGUCUUGUUUUCCAAUAAAACAAAUCUAAACAUUUUUAAAUCAAAUUAAAUUUGAGAUACAAAUGUAAAAUGUUUUGGAAAAAUUGAACAAAAUCAAGUGAGUUCAUGCUUAAAACAAGACUAAAUAUCUGUCUAUGAGUUAUGAAAACUUUCCUUUGAAUUAAAGGGAUAGUUCACCCCCCACCCCCCCAAAGGAAGACUUUUGGAAGAUUGUCCAAACCAAACAGAUCUCGCCCCCAGUUGACUACCAUAGUAGGAAAAAUAAAUACUUAGUCAAUGUGAGAUCUGUUUGGUUACUGACAUUCUUCCAAAUAUCUUCCUUUGUCUUCAGCAGAACAAAGAAAUUUAUACAGGUUUAGAACAACGUGAAGGAGAGUAAAUAAUGACAAUUUUCAUUUUUGGGUGAACUAUCCCUUUAAGUUCAUUUUUCUGAGCCCAUUAGCAGAUAUUUGUUCUUGUUUUAAAUCAUAAACUCACUUUAUUUUGUUCAGUUUCACAGAAAACAAGACUUCAAGUCUUAAGUUUACCUUCGUAAAACCUGCAGAAUCCCUUUAUUUAUUAUGUCAGAAUGUGUGAUUUUUUUUAUUUUUUUUUUAGUAAAGCCUUGUAUCAGGACUCUUAAAAAGAAGAAAUUCGUAAUGUUAUAUUCUUUGAGCAUUCUACAAAAACGACUUGUUUAGAUAACAGGGACCAUUAAUAUAUAUAUUAAACAAAAAAAUCUUAUCUAGUUAGACUAGCCACAGGUCAUGUUAAUUUAAUCCAUAAGGCAAAUCACCGUGCUCAAGAUUCACUUUUUUCUGCAGGAUUGUAGGAACAUUGUUGAAAAUAGGAAUUCUUGAAAAUGGGUAAUCUUUUCAGAUAUGAAGGGGGUGGGGGGUGAGUGUUCAGAGAAAUAAAUAAAAUACAUUUUAUAAACUU